GGAAUAGGCCUCAAGGCCAGGCUGAGGGACCGAACUGGACAGGUUGGCCUUGCCUCCUAACUGGCGCUCAAGGCUCAGGUGGCUGUUUAACCCCUUUAUCCCCACAGUAACAUCUACGAGAGAGAGACGAGAGGGCUCUGACUCCCUCUUGGGGUAAUCUGGAAGACCCAGGCCUCCUGGGAUAGAGGAAUGCCCACAGGGAAGGAGGGCAAGACCAGACGGAGGUUCCGAAACAUAGACUCCGCCUCUUGGCAGUAAUCUAGAAUUCUAGAUCAACGGUUGGCAGGAGAGCCAAAUCCAGCUAGCAGCCUGUUUUUGUAUGGCCUGUGGGCUAAGAAUGGUUUUUAUAUUUUUAAAAGAUUAGGGAAAAAAAAGAAGAAAAAUAAGCAACAGAGGCCAUAUGUGGUCUGCAUACCCUAAUAUUUUCUAUCUAUCCUUUUAUAUGAAAUGUGUACCAGUCCCUGCUCUAGAUAACUUUGACUUGCAUGCUUCCCACUGACAGGGAACUCACUACCAGGUAAUCUCAUCCUCCAAAGCCUAGAAAGCUCUUUCCCUUGAGCUGAAGUUUGUGCCCUGGAGCUUUGCAGAAUUCUGGGUCCUUCUGCCAGGGGCAGCCAGGCAGGGUCUGUAGCUAGAGCUUUACUCCCUGAGGCAGGCCCCGAGUUCCUUCAGGUUCUUUCUUAGGCUAUAAGUUCCUUAGAGCAAAUGCUCUGUCUUCCAGCAAUUUUAUAAUGGAAAACCCUGUCCGUAAUGCUCCUCGGAAGAUGGCAACCUCCCUCUUGGAGAACAACAGCAGUGAGAGUAACGACCUCCUCCAUGCGGGGCAGCAUGUUCCGCCUCACAGCCAGGGCCUCCCUGCAGCCAGAGCCUGCACACAGAGGAAGUCGGAAUUUCCUGCACAGAAGGCAGACGUGUGGUCCUUCAGCCGCAGUGGCCUGGGGUGGGGGUGGGAGACUCCCAAGGAGUCAGACAGGACGUGAGCCUCCUCCCCCGACCCCAGGAGAACUGCCGGGGUGAGAAAUGGCUUUUUCCUGGAAACCCUCCAGUCCACGUGAUCUCAGCUUCUGCACGCUGGCCCCUACAGUGUCGCUGAGUGGGCCUCUGCCCUCUGGUGCAGUGAGGGGGUGAUGGGAGAGAUCGCUAAUAGCUCCCGACCCUACACGGGCUGACGCCGUGACAGCCCCCCUCACACUGACCGGGCCCCUCCUUUCUCCCCAGCGUGCAUGUCCUCACAGACCCUCCGCGGGGUGGAGAGGUUGGGGAUGGGCUGGGAAGGCAGCAGAGACGCAGAGGGAGGCUGCGCCUGGGGCAUUCCACGUGCGGCCAUGUUGGGGAGUAAUGAAUCGUCAAAAGUGGAACCUGGCUUCGGUGGAUGGGAGGAGUCAGAGCCCGGGUGAGCCGCAGGGCAGGUGCUGGAGGGGUAGAGAGGAGGACAAAUUUGGAGGCACAAUCGACAGGACCUGGUCAUUGACUGGAUGGGGGCCGCGGCAGGAUCAAGGGCAUCUCCCAGGCUUGUGAUGAGCACAUGAGGUGGGAGCGUUCAGAAGAGGCACGUGCCAGCCCUGGCCUCAAACGGGGCUGAGGAGGCUGCCAUUAUCCCUGCUGUGGAGAUGGGCUCUGUGGGAUCCUGUUGGGGGUUACUACCUAAGUAGGCUCCUCUUCCCGUGGGUGGUACCCAGCCACUGCUAGGAUGGAUGCUGAGGGCUAUGACUGAGCGGAAGAGGUGACCUCAGAACUUCUCCCCAUGUAGGGUUCUGAUUCUCCAGGGACUCCCUGCUCUCCUGGGCCUGAGGCCAGCUUUGAGCCCCACAUGGGGCAUGGACCCCCAGUGGGGAGAAGACACAGCGUCCAUACCAGCAGCAGGAAUGGAAAACCAGGCAUAGCUUCUUCUCAGAAAUCUCAAGCACCAGAUCCGGAGGGAGGAACCCACUGCACAGCCCUGGCUUGGCCAGGAAGUGCUACAGGGGUGUGGAGAGGAUGAGGCAAAGGUGAAGGGGGCUGGCCGCUCCCCUCCCCUCAACCCCAUAAAGUGGUCUGAGUAGCAGAGGGGCUCACGAGCCACAGAGGAGCAAGCCCUGGACAAGGUGUGGUCCCUCUGACUUGUUACCACAGGCAGGAGACUUACCUCGGGGGCUCUGGUAACACCUCACUUAAGCACGCGGUCCUCUUAUUGGCUGCCUCCUCCUCUCCAGCCCACCCUAAGAAGAGAGUUAAAGACCUGAACUGCCAAAACAGAAACCUCACCCCACAUCCUUAAGCUCAUUUAGGCAGUAAGCCCUUCCCCAGCCCUUACUUAUUGACUCUUUCUUGCACACGAUUCAAACAAGUUCCAUUAGCUGACUUGUUGGCAAAAUUCAAUAGGAUACGUGGAGAGUUCUGUGAGACAAGCAUCUGAACCACGGGAGGAGCGGGGAGGGCAGACCCUGAGAACUACGGAAGGCGAACAUGAAGAGCCAUCUGGAGCAAACACCCCUUCUUGCCCCUGCAGAGGGCCCCAAGGACAUCCGUGCCCUGGAGCCCUGCUCGUGGGCAGCGAAGUGAGAGUGACAGGAGGGAGAACACUUUCCGCCCAGAGGAUGGGUCAGGGAGGGCGUGGGCCCUCAGAAGGGUGAGUGUCGUCUGUGUGGACAGCUCCCUUACCCAGGACAGUUUGUUCUCUGCAGAGCCCGAUGCAUGAGGCAUUCCUGUGCCCGUCCAGCCCUCCUGUGGGGCUGGUUUGUCCACUGAAGAACACAAACACUUUGUGUUCUGUUUUGUUAAAAUCUGCCUUCCCUCUGCCCCCAGCAGAAGCCAGGGGCUCCCAAGAGGGGAGCCUAGGUCCUUCUUCAUUGACUCCUCAAUUCUACUCACCAGGUAUCCCUGGCACCAGCUCUGGGACAGGCCCUGGUGGGACUCCACUGGGGUUCCUGCCCUCAGGGAGGACACACUUCUGGGACCCUUUGAGCUGGAUCUCAAAAGGUUUCAGCGUGGUGAUCGAGGAAUUCUACAACGAGACCUGGAUCCACCGCUACGGGGAGCCCAUCUUGCCCUCCACACUCACCACGCUCUGGUCCCUCUCCGUGGCCAUCUUCUCCAUAGGGGGCAUGCUUGGAGCCUUCUCUGUGGGCCUUUUUGUUAACCGCUUUGGCCGGCGGAAUUCGAUGCUGAUGGUGAACCUGCUGGCGUUCGUGGCCGCUGUGCUCAUGGGCUUCUCAAAACUGGGCAAGUCCUUUGAGAUGCUGAUCCUGGGCCGUUUCAUCAUCGGUGUGUACAGCGGCCUGAGCACGGGCUUCGUGCCCAUGUACGUGGGGGAGGUGUCCCCCACGGCCCUUCGUGGGGCCCUGGGCACCCUGCACCAGUUGAGUGUCGUCAUCGGCAUCCUCAUCGCCCAGGUGUUCGGCCUGGACUCCAUCAUGGGCAAUGAGGAGCUGUGGCCCCUGCUGCUGAGCAUCACCUUCCUCCCGGCCGUGGUGCAGUGCGUCCUGCUGCCCUUCUGCCCCGAGAGCCCCCGCUUCCUGCUCAUCAACCGCAAUGAGGAGAACCGGGCCAAGAGUGUGCUGAAGAAGCUGCGCGGAACGGCAGACGUGACCCGAGACCUUCAGGAGAUGAAGGAGGAGAGUCGGCAGAUGAUGCGGGAGAAGAAGGUCACCAUCCUGGAGCUGUUCCGCUCGCCCACCUACCGCCAGCCCAUCCUCAUCGCUGUGAUGCUGCAGCUGUCCCAGCAGCUGUCAGGCAUCAACGCUGUUUUCUAUUACUCCACAAGCAUCUUCGAGAAAGCGGGGGUGCAGCAGCCUGUGUACGCCACCAUCGGCGCUGGCAUUGUCAACACAGCCUUCACUGUCGUGUCGCUGUUUGUGGUGGAACGAGCCGGCCGGCGGACCCUGCACCUCAUAGGCCUGGGUGGCAUGGCGGGCUGUGCUGUGCUCAUGACCAUCGCCGUGGCACUGCUGGAGCAGCUGCCCUGGAUGUCCUAUCUGAGCAUCGUGGCCAUCUUUGGCUUUGUGGCCUUCUUUGAAGUGGGCCCCGGCCCCAUCCCUUGGUUCAUUGUGGCUGAACUCUUUAGCCAGGGUCCUCGCCCUGCUGCCAUUGCUGUCUCUGGCUUCUCCAACUGGGCCUCAAAUUUCCUUGUGGGCAUGUGCUUCCAGUACGUGGAGCAACUCUGUGGUCCCUAUGUCUUCAUCAUCUUCACCGUGCUCCUGGUUCUGUUCUUCAUCUUCACCUACUUCAAAGUUCCCGAGACCAAAGGCCGGACCUUCGAUGAGAUUGCUUCUGGUUUCCGGCAGGGGGGAGCCAGCCAAAGUGACAAGACACCCGAGGAGCUCUUCCACCCCCUGGGGGCUGAUUCCCAAGUGUGAGGCGCCCCGCACCACCAGCCCGGCCUGCUCCCAGCAGCCCCACGUAUCUCUCGGAGCACAGGCAGCUGGAUGAGACUUCCAAACUGACAGAUCUCAACGGAGCCGGGCCUGGGGCUCUAUUUUCUUCAGCCAGCAAUGAUGUCCAGAAGAAUAUUCAGGACUUUCAUGGCUCCAGGAUUUUAACAAAAGCAAGACUGUUGCUCAGAUCUAUUCAGACAAGCAACAGGUUUUAUAAUUUUUUUUAUUACUGAUUUUGUUAUUAUUUUUUUAUCAGCCAGAGUCUCCUGUACCCACCCCCCAGGCUUCACCCUGAAUGGCUCAGUGCCUAUGGGUGGGGACCAAGCCCUACCUAGACACUUGCCUUCUUCACCAAGCUAAUCUGUAGGGCUGGACCUGUGACCAAGGACACACUAAUCGAACCACGGACUGAGGCUUCUACUCGAGGUGGCUCUGGCCGCUCCCUUCUGUUGGCCUGGAUCUCCCCACCCUAGAGGUCAGGCUCCAUUAGGAUUUGCCCGUUCCCAUCUCUUCCUACCCAACCACUCGAAUUAAUCUUUCCUUGCCUGAGACCAGUUGGAAGCACUGGAGUGCAGGGAGGAGAGGGGAAGGGCCAGAAUGGGCUGCCAGGUUCUAGUCUCCUUUGCACUGAGGGCCAGAUGAUCAAUCACUAUGAGAGGAGGGCCACGGGGAGGCUGAUAACUCACUGCUCAAGAAGACAUGGACACUCCUGCCCUGCUGUGUAUAGAUGGAAGAUAUUUAUAUAUAUAUUUUUUUUGGUUGUCAAUAUUAAAUACAGACACUAAGUUAUAGUAUUUCUGGACAAACCAACUUGUAAAUACACCACCUUACUCCCUCUGUAACUUACCUAAACAGAUAUAAAUGGCUGGUUUUUAGAAA